CGGACGCUCAAAAGAGUGGGAAAACACGGCACGGCUAAUAUAACACGGUACGGCUGAUGCAGCCCAUGUUUCUCCUCCGCAGCGAUCGGCCCGGCGAUUGAAACACAUUUGUGAUAUGAGUGGCUGCAAGCGAGAAAAAAACUUGUAUUCGAAGGGUAACCAGCAACGAGAAUGAUCUACUCUGCGCUACUACUUUAGUUUAGAGCUACUGUAGCCUCUCUUCCUUACAGGCUGUCCUGUGUAGGCACAAUUGGCUAACGCUACCAGUAUGAGCGUGUCAUAGCAACCUCACGGCUGAUGAAUUAAGAUCAGCAUGUCUUUGCCAUGAUCCUCCUAAUGAAGUAAUUGUUUUAGCGAAUCCACCCGUCCUAGAUAAGAAAAUAAAUAUCUAAAUCGGCCUCGUUUGGCACAGUCAUCCGUAGGUUUAGCCAUGAACUCCAUCAUUCAAACCAUCAAGUAAACAAAAACUAAUCAAGUGAACAUGCGUCCUUCUAUGGUACUUGCUUGCGCGGCUUUUGGCCUUGUCCAAGCUCGGGCUGUUGUCUCUCAAGACAAAACUGACACUUUUGACGACCUUCCCGAUACUGGUGGCCACCUUGUCGGUGAUCCCCCGAGGUUCACGACUGACGGCGGCAUAAACUACGACAACUUUGAGUACUUUUCCAAAGGCGAAGGCACCAACUCAUUGACCGGCAUCGAGGCACACUCGUAUCCGAAUCUUGCCAUCGUUCGAAAGCCUGCCAAAGGCAGCUUUGUCGCCAUGGGCAAGUGUUUUACACUUAAGAAGCUCUACUUUGGCUGCACGCCUCUGAGUAAUGAAGCGGAGUUCAAUGUUCCAUUGCCAUGCCAGAUGGACCUCUCUGCGUACGAUGCUGCCGGCACGCUGUUGGGUACACAGUCGGCGAACUUCACACCGAACGGCCUAGCAAGCGAUAUGAAUGUUGCUGAAAUUCAUCUCCCACCUGCCAAGGUGAUAAAGGUCAGCGCUAAACUGGUAGGUCUCCCGACUGGCGAGGGUGAGGCAGUCACUGGUUUAUUGAUGGACGACGUCACCUACACGCAGCACGACAACGUGGAAGACUGUUGUGAAGGCAACUGGGACUAA